AUCAGUCUUCAGCUGUAAAGUGACAGAGAACAUCUCAACGUCUCUCGAGGAAACAAAAUCUUAUAGUUAAAUCUCAUUUUAGACGUUUAUUUAAUGUUUUAUUAGCCAUGGCGAGCGACUGUACGGAUUGACUUUCCUUUUUACGUACAUUUACUGAGUUUAUAACAAUUUCCGGAGGAUAUCUCGGUUGUCUUUUGGAUCUUUAAUGGCAAGUUAGCCGACCUGUUUCGCGUACCAUGUGGAAGUAAACCUUCCCAGGAGGUGCCAUGCUAGCCACACAGAUGCCAGAUUCGCCACCCGAGGCCAAAGAUGUCAUACAGAUCAAGGAGAAGUUGGCCCAGUCGCUCAAGGCCCUGCAGAAGCGCUACGUAACGUCAGACACAGUGGUCACCAGUGAAGACGGGGAUGCCAACCUCCUCUGCUGCGCCCUGGAAGCCAUCUUCAUCCACGGUAUCAAGAGCAAGUACAUCCGCUCGGAUGCCGGGGGCCGGGGUAGGAAGGGAGACCGGGGACCCCUCCCUCAGCCCUUCUUCUGGAGCCUCCUCAAGACCGUCACCCACCGUGAUGUGGUCACAGAGCUGGAAAAGAUCAGCUUCGUGGGCACGGACGUGGGUCGCUGCCGAGCGUGGCUGCGGCUGGCCCUCAACCACGGCUUGCUGGAGUGCUACCUUGCGUCGCUGUUUCGCGAGGGCUCCAAGCUGCGGGCCCACUACCAGCCCAGUGCCUUGCUCCUGAACACCGAGGAGAGGGAAGUUCUGCUCAGCUACCUCCAGGGUCUGGCGUCACUUACGUUCAGCCUUUCCUACAAGUCAGCUGUCCUCAACGAAUGGACCACCACGCCUCUGGCUCUCGCCGGACUCUGCCCCUUGUCCCAGGCGGACGCACUCCACCCGACCCUCAACGGCGGAGACCUUCCCAGCUCCAAGCGUAAAGAAUCGUGGGAUACGGUGUCUCAGUCGUCAAGCUCGUCAGAUGCGCAGGAUAUGCAGAGAGGGUGUCCAGUGAUGCUGUCGGGGAAAGGGACAAAUGGGGGUAGGACUGCACUCAACUCAUCUAAUUUAAGCCUGGACACCACGGGCUCCUCUCAGCUCUCCUCCAGCUUGAGCUCUGACAGCCUCCUGCAGGGGCAGGACCCCCGCAGCCCGACAGGAGAGCAGUGGUCUUCAUGUGACCUGGACAUGGCCAUUAGUGUCAACAUCAGCACCAAGAGGCCACAGAAAGAUUUUCUGACAGAUUUCAGGGAGAGCGGCCACUGCAGUCAGGACUCCAUGCGUGAAGACUCCUUUGUCUCCAGCACGGGUCCAGAUCAGUACUCGGAGACGGCCGUUUUCAGCAGCUCUGACAACGAGACCCAGGGUCCCCCUACAACAUCCCAAGAACACGUGGACUCACUCCCAGACUCUGUACUGUGUGAUUCAGAGCCACCAUCGACAUCAUCUGAUGAGAACCAUGUUAACUGCUCUCCCUCUGAAGUGUCCAUCAGUGCCUCUUCUGAGUUACACAUGGACACAGAAGUGCUCUCUACAGUCAGUGAGCCUGUGGAGCCUUUGGAGUCUGUGGAGUCUGUGGAGCCUGUAGAGGAAGUACAUACGACCGGUGUUAAGGAGAGUCCUGAGGCUGUCGCUGUCCAGGAAGAGAAAGAAGCGCUGACCUCAGAUCCGUCAAUGCAUCAAGGCCCACGUCGCUCCACCAGCAUCCUGAGCAGUCAACUCUCCUCAGAUUCUCUAUCACAUUCUCGUUCCUGGAUCUCUGAGGAUGACAUCUACAAGCCCCAGCUGGAGGAGGUGUCAGACCAGGACGAGGCGCCUCCUCCUGCUCCCACGGCUGAGCUCAAGGUCUCUCAGUCGCCUCCCAGUGUCGUCCAUCGCAGACAAUACGGGCUGUCCAACCCGUUUCGUGGCUUGCUGAAGCUCGGUCAUCUGGAGCGGCGAGGUGCGAUGGGAAUGUGGCGUGAUUACUACUGCGAGCUGUCGCCCUUCGAGUUCCGGCUGUACCUCAACGCAGAGGAGCGGACGUGUUGCGACAACUGCUCCCUGGUGCGAUGUGAGGACGCUCGCAUCGCCUCGACCGAGGGCCGCUUCGAGUUGGCCUUUCCCGGGAAGCGUCUGUACCUCCGGGCUGCCAAUCGCGACGAAGCUGAGGACUGGGUGGACCGGAUCAUAGAGGCCGUCAACAAAUGCCGUCCAGCGUCCCGUGUUGACGAGCAGUGGGAGGUGCUGCAACCCACCUGUGAGAACGGUGUGGAUGCGUCCUCCGCCCCCUCCAGCCCUGAGCGAGGCCCAUCAUCUUCUGACACAGGGACAGGUGGAGGACAGGAGGCGCCUCCUCCUCUACAGGAACAGGAACUCGACUGGACUCGGACUGCUGAUUUGGAAACGGACGCCAUCAAAGAAGCUGUUUUGUACUUCUCCACAGAUCCCGAGGCUCGGACAUGGGCGCCGCAGGUCUUCUCCCUCUCCUUGGAGGCUUUGAAAGGUUUUCGGGUUCAAGAGGGAAAGAAGCUGCUGCGGCAAACCCACCCUAUUGAGGACAUCCGCGACGUGGUGCCUGACGUCUCUCUGGGAGGACCGGCCUUUUUCAAGCUCCUGACCGUCAGGGAGACGCUUAGAAUAAGAGCAGAAAACCCAGAGGAGGCUCGCUCUUGGAGGGUUUUGAUCCGAGGAGCUCUGGACUCGUACCUGGAGAGCGGGGAGGACGAAGUCUCUGAGGAGCCGGCUGUGGUCUGCCCGGGGACUGGAAAUCUCCCCAGACUGGUGCAGCACAGACUGAAAGAAGACGGAGCACUUCUUGUUCAUCUGUGCACUGUUCCCUCAGAGAAGGGGCUGGACGCUCAGAGCUUCAAGUGUGCAGGGUGUGCUCAGCAGAUCGGCCCGUCGCUGGGCAGAGCCAGGCUCUGUGAGUUCUCAGGCCAGUACUACUGUGACUCCUGUCACCACGGUAACACCACCGUCAUCCCUUCACGCAUGGUGCACAACUGGGACCUCACACAGCGAGAGGUGUCUAAGAAGGCCAUGCAUCUGCUGGCUCAGGUGGAGCAGGAGCCUCUGCUGAACCUGGAGCACCUGAACCCUGAGCUGGUGAAGCAUUCAGAGUCCAUGUCUCAGGCCCACAACCUGCGGAAGAGGCUACGCCUGCUGGGCGACUACCUGCUCACCUGCCGCAGCGGAGCCUGCAAGAAACUCCAAGCCAGAUUGGAGCAGCGAACGUACCUGCUGGAGUCGAGCCAUCUGUACAGCGUCAUGGACCUACGACAGAUAGCAGAGGGUCAAUAUGCAACCUACCUGCUCACACUGUUGCAGUACGCCUCCAACCACGUGUUCCACUGUGACCUGUGCACUCAGCGUGGCUUCAUCUGUCAGUUAUGCCACGCUAAUGACAUCAUCUUCCCCUUCCAGUUUGACAUCACCACCAGGUGUAAAGAUUGUAAAGCUGUGUUUCACCUGGCCUGCAAGGCUGCCGGGGACUCGUGUCCUCGCUGUCAGCGGAUGAAGAAAUACCUGGAGAGAGAUCUGCUGGACUGAGCGCAGCCAGCAGGGCGGCGCUGUGUAGCCCCGUCUAACAAGGCCACGUUUUUUUUUGUUUUUUUGUUUUUUUCAGGAAGCUAGAGCACCGCUGAAGGACAGAAAAAAUAACAGAAAAUCUAGCUUUUACAUGAAGUAACCUCAAGUGCAAUUAUGAGCGUGAUUUGCCUGCCCUGACUGACCUUUUCUUUAAAGAAGGAAGAGGAACCGUGCUCGACAGCAACUCGACUCAUCACGCUGACGUAAUGCAGCCAAAUGUUACUGACUAGUGACUUUAAUACCUCUCUGACUUCACACUCAGCCACGGCAUCAAACGAAGGACGGUGAAAAGUUGCUGCCAAGAAUCGUACCCAACACAUUUUUUUUACAUCGUGGGUUUUUACUUUGUCUUGUUGUGUCGACGUUCAUCAUGUUUACCAGAAAUGCUCCACGGAACAUUCAUCUCAGAUGCUCAUAUUUAUACAUAACGCAGCAGUGAGGUUGAACAUGCAAAAAUAUCAAAACAGCACUCGAAAUGUUCUAAUCAACAGAUUUUGAUGUGCCUUCUUUUUCAUUUAAGCUUUACACUAUUUUCCUCUUGGUGUGUGUUUGACAAAGGGCCAAAAAGCACCGCACAGGUACUUUCUUUGUUUAUUUAUCAUAACAUAACUGCAUUAGAGACUGAUUUUGAUGUAAAGGUAAAAAAUCAGUUUGUGGAAUGUUUCUCUCAGUAACAUACAUUAAUAUGUGUGAUUUUAAAUUUAAAUUUAAAUACAUAUAUUUGGUCAAACAUUUGCUACUUGUGAGGCGAGCCACUGACAUUAUUCAUGAAGUUGCUGAAGUAAAUAAAUCAUAAACGUUGGCAGAAACUACAAAAUAUUGAAUUUCUCAUUGAUCCUGAAGUCAAAACACAUUUUUGCACAUUUGCACUUAAUAGCUAUGACUGUUAAACUGAUAUUUCAACUAGAUCUUAGUUGUAAUAUCUUCUAGCAUACAGAGUUACCGCUCAGCUAACGCACAUGCAUUGCUGACAUUUUUAUUAUCACUUUUGCUUAAUUUAAUUUUCUUCUCUUGAAUAUUUGACUCUGAUGUAGAGUUGAACUCGAACAGAAGUAACACAUAGAUUUUUUUUUGCAGAAUCUGCAAAGAACAAAAAUAAUUGAAGGUUUACUCAUCAAGUCCAUCUUGAUAUAUGCAGAACAUAUCACUUGCAAGUGGCAAGUACAGAAUAAUGUUAUUCCUGGGCUGUCUUUUUUUUUGUCAUCUCAUUGAUCAUGUAUGAUGUAUGAUGUAUAAAUGACAAUUAUGAAAUAAAUAUCAGUGUGUUACAUUAUGAAUCUCUUCUGUUUUAGGCACUAUUGAUCAUUAGCUAUAGGUUGAAUUUUACAAGUGUGUUUAGUCAUUAACUUGUUGCAUAGUUUGCUGAUAUUUAAUUGUAUAUUUAAUUUGUUCCUUUAUGCACUACGGACACUGAGUCUGGCUGUUGUUUAUAGGACUUUUUUCCCAGCAGACACUUGAGGUAGUGAGCUUUUUACAGACUUUGUUGUAUUCACCAACAGUCAUCUUCUUUAAAUUAAUUUUGUAAUAAUUAUAAUAUAAUAAUAAUAAAUAAAAUCUUUAGCUGCA